UGCAGUGGCUGCCAGAGCUUGCAAGGGGGGGUGGGUUUUGGCUGUAGUUCCUAGUGCCCUAUUCCCCCCAGCCCCCUCCUUCUGAACCCCACCUGCAGGACCAUGGACCCUGAGCGGCUCCUCCAGUGCCCCUACGACAAGACCCAUCAGAUCCGUGCUUGCCGGUUCCCCUACCACCUAGUCAAGUGCCGGGAGAACAACAGGAAGGCGGCGGCCGAGCUCGCCACGUGCCCCUACAAUGCGCGCCACAAGGUCCCGAAGCGUGAGCUCCAGCUCCACGUCGCCACCUGCUCCAACAACCCUGCUGAGACUGAGGCCCCGUUCCCACCCAAGACUGAGCUGAAGGAGAUGCCAGGCGCCUGGCAGUGCCCCCCGUGCCAGGAGGACUGGGAAGCAGAUGCAGACGGGCCGGGGGCUGCUGCUCCUUUCCAUCUUGGCUCCAGGGAAAACCACCCCGUGGGCACCCCACAGAGGUUCUCCAAGUGCCCUUGAGCAGCGGGAGAGACUGGGGGAAAUGUGAGCUUGAACUUGGCCCUGCCGAGCUGAGGCACCCCCUGGGUAGUGGUU